AGUGCCGCGAGGGGUGCGUGCGCGUGUGCCAGGCUCGCCCGCCACCUCCCGGCUCAGUCUGCGCUCCUCCGCACGCGGGGCAGCCGGGCCGGCGGGCUGGGGAGCAGGAGCAGCGCCCCUCGCCCGGGCCUCGCCUCCCCGGGGCGCCCGGCAGUCCCGCAGGCCAGGGCGCACCGCCCGGGCCACGCUCCCCACCCCCGCCCCUCGCACCCUCCCUGGCCCCCUCUCCAUUGAGUUUUCCAACACGGGCGCCCGUCAAUGGUCCUGCUCGGGGAUGCACACGCAGCUCACGGCCGGAGGGGGGUAGCAGCCACCGCCUCCAGGUGCGGGCUCUCCAGGUCCGCCGCCGCCACCCGCUGUCGCCGCCACUCGAGCCCCGGGGCGCGCUGAGGUCCCGGCCGGCCAUGGGGCUGCCGUUGCUGGCGUGAGAAGGGGCGCCGCAGCCUCCGAGCUCGGGGUGCCCGGCUGCCUGCAUGGAUGUCUUCAGCUUUGUGAAGAUUGCAAAGCUCUCGAGCCACAGGACGAAGUCUUCUGGCUGGCCACCUCCCUCGGGCACCUGGGGCUUGAACCAGGCGCCACCCUAUGGAUGGGAGAUGACUGCGAACCGGGAUGGCCGAGACUGCUUCAUCAAUCACAUGACACAGGGCAUCCCAUUUGACGACCCUCGGUUGGAGAGCUGCCAAAUCCUCCCUCCGGCCCCUCGGAGGGUGGAGAUGAGGAGGGACCCUGUGCUAGGGUUUGGUUUCGUGGCCGGGAGUGAAAAGCCAGUAGUCGUUCGCUCCGUAACACCAGGUGGCCCCUCCGAAGGCAAGCUGAUCCCGGGAGAUCAGAUCGUAAUGAUUAACGAUGAACCAGUCAGCGCUGCGCCAAGGGAGCGGGUCAUCGACCUGGUCAGAAGCUGCAAAGAAUCGAUACUCCUCACUGUCAUUCAGCCUUACCCUUCUCCCAAGUCAGCAUUUAUUAGUGCUGCAAAAAAGGCAAGAUUAAAGUCCAAUCCAGUCAAAGUGCGGUUCUCCGAGGAGGUCAUCAUCAAUGGCCAAGUGUCGGAAACUGUUAAGGAUAAUUCACUUCUUUUUAUGCCAAAUGUUUUGAAAGUGUAUCUGGAAAAUGGGCAGACCAAAUCAUUUCGCUUUGACUGCAACACCUCCAUAAAGGAUGUCAUCUUGACUCUUCAAGAGAAGCUUUCCAUCAAAGGCAUCGAACACUUCUCCCUGAUGCUGGAGCAGAGGACGGAAGGGGCUGGAACCAAGCUGCUCUUGCUUCAUGAACAGGAGACUCUAACUCAGGUGACACAGCGGCCCAGCUCCCAUAAGAUGAGGUGUCUUUUCCGAAUUAGCUUCGUCCCAAAGGAUCCAAUUGACCUUUUGAGGAGAGAUCCAGUUGCUUUUGAAUAUCUCUAUGUUCAGAGCUGUAACGACGUCGUACAGGAGCGGUUUGGGCCUGAGCUGAAAUACGACAUAGCCCUGCGGCUGGCGGCUCUGCAAAUGUACAUCGCAACCGUUACCACCAAGCAAACGCAGAAAAUCUCUCUCAAAUACAUCGAAAAAGAAUGGGGAUUAGAGACUUUUCUUCCCUCUGCUGUGCUGCAAAGCAUGAAAGAGAAGAACAUAAAGAAAGCACUUUCACACCUUGUCAAAGCAAAUCAAAACUUGGUACCACCGGGUAAAAAGCUCUCUGCACUGCAAGCCAAGGUCCACUAUCUCAAGUUCCUCAGUGACCUUCGACUGUAUGGGGGUCGUGUGUUCAAGGCAACAUUAGUGCAGGCGGAAAAGCGCUCGGAAGUGACUCUCCUGGUUGGGCCCCGAUACGGCAUAAGCCACGUCAUAAACACCAAAACCAAUCUGGUGGCUCUUUUAGCCGACUUCAGCCACGUCAACAGAAUCGAGAUGUUUACCGAGGAGGACAGCUUGGUGCGGGUGGAGCUGCACGUGCUGGAUGUGAAGCCCAUCACACUCCUGAUGGAAUCAUCAGAUGCCAUGAACCUGGCCUGCUUAACUGCUGGCUACUACCGGCUACUUGUGGAUUCCAGGAGGUCAAUAUUUAACAUGGCCAACAAGAAAAAUACAGGGACCCAGGAAACAGGAACUGAAAAUAAAGGAAAGCAUAACCUCCUUGGCCCCGAUUGGAACUGUAUACCCCAGAUGACCACCUUUAUUGGCGAAGGGGAGCAAGAAGCCCAAAUAACAUAUAUAGAUUCAAAACAGAAGACGGUCGAUAUUUCGGACGGCACCUUGUGUCCCAAAGACCACCGGCACCUGUAUAUAGACAGCACCUAUAAUCCAGACGAACUCAACCAGCCGCUGACCCAGCCGGGAGAUGCUCCGUGUGAGGCCGACUACAGGACUCUAGCUCAGCGCUCCCUGCUGACCCUCUCAGGACCGGAAACACUAAAGAAAGCCCAGGAGUCUCCGAGAGGAGCUAAAGUGUCCUUUAUUUUCGGAGAUCUCGCCUUGGAUGAUGGCAUGAAUCCCCCGACUCUCGGCUACGAUAGACUACUGGAGGAGAGCCCGGAACUGCUGGAGAAGCAGAGGAAUCUCUACAUCGGCAGUGCCAAUGACAUGAAGGGCCUGGAUCUCGCUCCUGAUGCUGAGAGCAUCCAGUUUGUGGCAAAUUCCGUUUAUGCAAACAUAGGUGAUGUCAAAAACUUCGAGGCCGCCGAGGGGAUAGAGGAGCCCCUCCUGCACGACAUCUGUUACGCAGAAAACACCGAUGACGCGGAGGACGAAGAUGAGGUGAGCUGUGAGGAGGACCUCGUGGUGGGAGAGAUGAACCAGCCAGCCAUCCUCAACCUGUCUGGGUCAAGCGAUGACAUCAUUGACCUCACAUCCCUGCCCCCUCCAGAGGGGGAUGACAAUGAGGAUGACUUCCUGUUGCGUUCCUUGAACAUGGCCAUCGCCGCACCCCCACCUGGCUUUCGAGAUAGUUCAGAUGAGGAGGACUCCCAGAGCCAGGCAGCGUCCUUCCUCGAGGACAAGGAGCCAGGCAGGAGUCUGCAAAGUGAUGAGAUCCCCGUGUCCCUCAUUGACGCUGUGCCCACCAGCGCUGAGGGCAAGUGUGAGAAGGGCCUGGAUAACACCGUGGUUUCCACGCUGGAAGCUCUAGAAGCUCUGUCCGUGUCAGAAGAACAGCAGACCAGUGACAAUUCAGGUGUAGCCAUCUUGCGGGCUUAUAGUCCCGAGUCUUCGUCAGACUCGGGCAAUGAGACUAACUCUUCUGAAAUGACUGAGAGCUCUGAACUGGCCACAGCACAGAAGCAGUCAGAAAGCCUCUCCCGCAUGUUCUUGGCCACUCACGAAGGAUACCACCCCCUUGCAGAGGAGCAGACCGAGUUCCCCACCUCCAAAACCCCUGCCGGGGGCUUGCCUCCCAAGUCCUCCCACGCCCUGGCCACCCGCCCAGUGACUGACCUCCCACCCAAAGUUGUGCCUUCCAAACAGAUCCUUCACCCAGACCCCAUGGAGAUGGAGCCCGAAACCAUGGAGACCAAGUCGGUCACCGACUACUUUAGCAAACUGCACAUGGGGUCAGUGGUGUAUUCCUGCACCAGCAAAAGGAAAAGCAAGCUGGCCGAUGGGGAGGGGAAGGCAGCCCCUAGUGCAAACAUGCCAGGGAAAAAGCAGCAGGGGACCAAAACGGCCGAGGCAGAGGAGGAAGCCAAAGGUAAAUUUGGUACUGUAUCUUCAAGGGACAGUCAACACCUAAGCACUUUUAACCUGGAAAGAACUGCCUUUCGCAAGGACAGCCAAAGAUGGUACAUGGCCGCUGAGGGGGCGGUAACCGAGCAAAGUGGAUUGGAAGCGGCAACGGGGAUAACGUUCCCGAGAGCUUCUGGUCUGGGGACAAGGGAGGCGGAAGAGAAGGAUGAAGGCGCUCCUGAUGGAGAAGCCAGCGAGGUUUCAGCACUUGGCCAACGGGACCACUUCUUAACUGACGUGACCUGUGUAUCUUCAGCCAAAGACUUAGAUAACCCCGAGGAUACUGACCCGUCCACCUGUGACCAUCCUUCCAAGCUUCCCGAGGCGGAAGAGAGCGUGGCCCGCCUUUGUGACUACCACUUGGCCAAGCGGAUGUCAUCGUUACAAGGCGAGUGCCAUUUUUCUCUACAGAGCUCCCAAGGCUCGUCAGUGGAGGCGGGCUGUGGCACCUGUGCCGCGCCUGUGGAGUCCCCACUCUGCCCCGCUAUGGGGAAGCACCUGAUUCCCGAGACUUCGGGGAAAGGCAUGAGUUACGUUCCUUCCGAGGAGAGAGCCGCUGGCCUGCCCCCCCACGGAGCCACCUUUAAGGAAUUACACCCCCAGACGGAAGGGAUGUGUCCGCGGAUGACAGUGCCUGCCCUGCACACAGCUAUUAAUGCGGAACCCCUGUUUGGCACUUUGAGAGAUGGAUGUCAUCGACUCCCCAAGAUUAAGGAAACCACAGUGUAGCUUUGACAGAGCCUGGGAAGGAGAGACGAGGAGGCAUGCCUUCAGCUUGGUCUCAACAUCCUGAAGCUGAUCCCAUCCUGCUACCAUCAAACAUUCACUCGGAAUCAAAGGUGCCAAUUCCAAAUCAAGACCCUAAUGAUUUCUCCCAAGCAAAUCUGGCAUACGGAGAGGCUGUGAACUGGCGGCCACUGGAUCUGAGAGGGGGGAGCCUCGGAACACCCCCCAGCCAGAGGGCUCUGAGACGUAGCAGCAGUA